AUGAAGGAAGAACUUUCAGAUCAAGCUCCCCCAGAUAGGUACAAAUUUGUCUACUUCACUUUCCUAUUUCUUGGAAUGGGGCUGCUCAUGCCAUUUAACACUUUAAUGACAGCUCUGGAUUACUUUAUUGUCAAACUUCCAGGACAUGAUGUUGACUUCAUUGCUUCGAUCUUGGCAAAUGGUCCUUUGUUUGUCUUUAAUCUGAUAAUGAUUAUUUUUUCAAAAUAUUUUCCAGAGAAGAGAACUAUUGGUGUGACUAUGAUGUUGAUGAUGGCUAUAACACUGUUCUUACCAUUCAUACCAAUGGUCGCUGGCAAUAAUGUUGAAACUGCAUGGGUGAUAUUCAUUGUAUCUGUCCUUCUACUGUCUUCAGUCAAUGGUAUGCUACAAUGUAUGCUCUAUGGAUUCACAGGUUCAGUUCCAGGAAACUACAUUGCUCCUCUAAAUACAGGCGUGGGAGUCAGUGGAAUUGUGAUUAGUGUACUUAGAGCUAUCUCUUUAAUUUUCUUUCCGACGGAUUCAGAUCCUGAAAACCCUAACUUCUUCAAGGGCUCACUGAUGUACUUCAUCAUUGUAUCUCUCAUCUUGGUUCUCUGAACUGUGAUGUUGACUCUCUUGCCCAGGACUGAGUAUUAUAGUUACCAUAUGAAUCAGACUAGGCAACAACUGGAUAGCGCUAGUUUAGAAGGGGAAGAGCAAGAAUUGGCACUGGGGAAUUCAGAAGAAGAGUCUAUUAUACAGAAUAGAGAGAUGAACAAAGGAAUUUUUCAAUAUAUGUGGGAAGUUCAUAAUACAGUCCUGAUUACUGGUUAUGGGCUGGCUCUUGUGUAUACUCAAACAUUCUGAGUGUUCCCAGGGGUAUUCCUUCAAGCAGAAAUCGAUUUCUUUGAGAAUCAAUCAUGGGAAGUCUGGUUUGCUAUAUCGCUAUUUAACUUUGCAGAUACGGCUGGAAGAUAUGCAUCAGAAUUGAAAGUAGUUUUAACAGAGAACACCACAGCUGUUGCUACAUUACUCAGGUUCAUUCCCAUCGCCUUUGCAUUUCUUUCAGCUUAUGAUAUCCCAUUCUUCAGCCACGAUGUCUUCAAAAUCGCCAAUAUCAUCUUGAUCGGACUGAGCAACGGUUACGUAGGCAACUGUCAGAUGGUGGUUGCAGUGAACAACUCCAGAGUUAGAGACAAAGGGAUCACUUCAAUGUUCAUGUCAGUGUUCUUGAUAUUCGGAGUCACAGUGGGAAGUCUGAUAGCAUCAUUUGGAAUUGUAAGGCUGUUUUAGUACGAAAGUUGGUUACUUAUAUCUUAUUCAGCAUC